UUAUUAUACGAUCACCAACGACGGUGUCUCUCAGUUACUCAGUAUACUAGUUAACUUGGGCAAGCGCACGACAGUGUGGUACCCAAGUGAGCUCCGACACAGUGACAGUUCUUCCCGGGCAAUUGUUUUUAGCGGUCGCACGGCCUUCGUGAUAAAUAAAUAGUAAAAGUCAAAAAGUGUCUUCUGACCUCUUUCUCUCAAGAUUAUGUUGAAAAAUUUAAAAGUGAAAAGUGCGGGCGACACGAUUUAAAAUUUAAACAAGAGUUUCGGUGAAAGUGGACCCGAGUGAAAGUUAAAAUUUCGGACGAUGGAUUCACCUCAAAUGUACGACAAUCAGCAGCAUCAACAAAAUAACGCUGUGGUUAAUCAGGAUGCUAAAAAGACUGUUAUAAUGAACAAUAAUAACAACAAUCUUACCACCCUUAAUAAUAACAACGGUAGCUCUAAACAGACACAAGCUCUGUUAAAACAGCAUCAGUUGCAGCAAUACCAGCAACAUGGUGAACUUAGUGAUUUAAAUACCCCCGAAAUUUCUCUAGACUUACAAAAUUUAAUAGACGAUUCUCAAUUUAGUGAUGGUUUGUUUUCGGAAAUUCUUUCUAAUCAGGGUAAACACAUACAAAAUUUACAGAACAGACAAGUGAUGGGUGUACACAACACAAAUUAUCCAAGAACUACUCUAGCGUAUAUGCCCCAACCCGUUCACAGUGGAGCUACUUACUCUACCAACCAAAACUCAAAUAGUGACUCAAAUAGUUCGGUCGGUAGUGACGUCCCUAGUAUAAAAGAAGAACCAAUGGAUCCCCAGGAAUACAGGAGGCAGCCUUGCAACAUUCUUCCGAACAGCUACAUCCCCGGUUCGUAUCCUCAAAAUCCAGGUGCAACUUUUACAACUCUAACCCCUAGCCCAGUCAUACAUCACCAGCUUAAUAUGAACGCUAUGAAAAACAAAGCAACUCUAUUAAAUCAACACAACAUAGCUAGGAAAAAUAUGAAACCCUGUGAUAAAAACAGCGACGAAUACAGAAGGCGAAGAGAAAGGAACAACAUCGCUGUAAGGAAAAGUCGAGAGAAAGCCAAAGUCAGAACCAGGGAAACCGAAGAAAAAGUCAAAAUCCUCAUCAAAGAGAACGAAAGGCUACAAAAAAGGAUAGAGUUGCUUACGGAGGAGUUGAACGUCCUACGCAGCCUCUUCUCCAGCGUGGGGGUUCUUCCGGAGCACGUCCACAGGGAGAUCAACAAACACCUGGACUCCUUCCAACUUCAGCACCAACAGCAACAACAUAUGUCUGAAGACAACAGGCAGAGGAUGAUGGAAAUCGUUCACGAUUAUGGACCAUAGCCUCCAAUAAAUUAAUAGGUAUAAAGUCGUAUUUCACGUAAAACUAUUUUUUUAAUUACGAUAUAUUAUAUAUUUAAAUAAAUCAAUUUUUUUCACAAAGAACAGUUUUUUUCAUAAGUAGUGUUUUGUUAAUAUAAAUAAUACAUGACUUACAUAUUUAUAUUAAGGAAACGCUUUGUUUUUAUUAAAUGAUAUUAAUGUUUUUAAUAUAAUAUUCAUAUAAAUACAACAAAGAUUAGUAUAACAAAAAAUAUAAACUUCGUUAAUGUUAAAUAUGCCUUAUUUAAUAUUUUCUCAACAAAAGAUUUGUCCUAUUUAAUGUAUUUUUAAUGGAAAAUUUCUCUCAACCAAGUGAUUUUAGAAACAUUUAUAAAUACUUAUUAUAAUUCCAGUGUUUUCCCAUUUUGAUAAUAUUUAUUGACCUAUUUAUUUAGUUUUUUAAAUAGUUAUAAAAAGUUCAGUCAAAAUGUAACAAAAUUUAAAUUUAAUCAUUUUUUGAUAUAAAAUUUAAAAUCUUGUAAAUUUUAAAUCUUUUCGUUCCUUGUUACAAUGUUUUUUAUCGACUAAAAAAUAGUUUUAUUUGACAUGACUUUUAGGUAGGUAAACCGAUUUUUCGAAAGCUUUAAUUUAUUUUUUAUUAUUAUUUUUUGAACAAAAAAUGAAAAGCAUGAGGGCCAUUUUGUAAAACACGAAAAUUGAUUUUUAAAAUAUUCUAAAAUUCUUUUUUAUAGCGUUAAAUUCAAAUUUUUUAUCAGAUACAUAUUUAACCAAUAAUUCUGAAAAAUUGCAACUUUUUAAGAAAGUGGUUACAACGAAUUAUUUUGAUUUAAAAAAAUAUCAUUCUUAUUUUAAAGCAGUCUUAUAUUUUUGUAUAACUUAUACUAUUUAUAAAAUAUGUCGGUAGUAUUUAAUAACAAAAAUAUUGAUUGUGAUUAAUAUGAAAUAAUUGACGUAAUUUUUUUGUCUAAUCUCAUUCAAAAAAUUAUAUAUUUUUAUAUAAGUACUUAAUACAUACGAAGGCUAUACGAAUUUUUGUUUCUAUCUAUAGAAACAAAUAAUACUACAAAGUCAUAAUUUUUUCUGUGUUAAAUGUACACUCCCCAAAAUUUACAAAAUAUCGAACCUUCCUAACAAUUAAAAAAAAUUAUUAUUGAUUUUUUUAAAUAGUUUUUUUGUUUUUUCUUAAUUCACCAUUCACACCAAUUAUGGAUCUUUAUUAAAAAGAGCAUCAUCAAAAAUGAAAGUAUUUUUCUAGUAGGUAUUCCAUUGUUUAGUACACAUUAUAAUUACGACAAGAAAUCCUCCUAUUUAUAUUUUAGCGCUGAUUUUACUUAAUAUUUAAUAUAUGCUUCAUAUAUAGGUAGGUAGUUGACUUUUUUUCUAUUAAAAACAUCUUUAAUGUAGUUAAAUUUUCCGUGCCCUUUUAAAAAAAUCACCUUAUUUUAUAUUGAUUUGUGACGUAUAGGUAAUCAUUGUUUUCUAAAUAAUGUGAUAUAUUGGUUCACAAAUUUGAAAUUCUAGAAUUUGUCUCCGUUUUGGUUAUUUUCAGAUAAUUUUUAUUUACUUUUUGUUAAAGAGAUAACAGAAAAUUCCCCUUAUUUAAUCUACUCAACUUUAAGUUAAAGUCAUAUAUUUAUUUUUAUUGUACAUAAAUCCACAUUAAAUCUAAAUCCUGAUCCAUAUUAAUCAGUGAUAUAAAUCCAGUUCACUGGGUAUCCCUCAAAAAUAUUUUCUUUUUGUGCUUCUUCUCUAUUAGCAAUUUUCUCUCUGUCUAGCUAUUUGAAACUCAUUUUGAUCUAAUUUAUAUGUGUAUAAGUGCAGGAAGCCCAAUAUCGACAAAACUGGAAGAAAUUAGGGGAGGCCUAUGUUCAACUUUGGACACAGAAGGCUGAAUGAUGAUGAAGUUAGCUUUUACACUUUGAAAAAAUAUCUUACAUAACAUCUUCAGCAUCGUUUCUAUUCCAAAGUCAAAUCCAAGAUGUAUCGCUUUGUUUCUUCUUUUUUAUUAACUAACCAACUUGAAAAUAAUUUUUUUGCCACUAUUUUUUCUCCUUCUUCUGCUCUCCAGCUUUAUCUGCUGCAAAAGUAACACUUUCGUCAUAUUAACAGUUAUACCUUUCACCAUUUCUCCUAUUUUCAUUCCCAAAUUCAAUGUCAAUAUUUUCUUUGCAUGUAAUUUUCCGCAUUUUCCUAAUUACGUUUCUAUUUGUUCGUAGUUUUAAUUAGUAUAUGUUUUGCCAAUUUAUAAAUAUUACACUACCCCUUAAUUUCCCAAUCUUUUGCUUUGCCUCCAUUUAGUUUUUGUCCUUCAUUUUGUUGCCUUUUUUCUCCUUCUUCUCUCCAGCUUUAUCUGCUGCAAAAGUAACACUUUCGUCCUAUUAACAGUUGUACCUUUCACCAUUUCUCCUAUUUUCAUUCCCAAAGUCAAUGUCAAUAGUUUCUUUGUAUGUAAUUUUCUGCAUUUUCCUAAUUGGGUUUCUAUUUGUUCGUAGUUUUAGUUAUUAUAUUUUUUGCCAAUUUAUAAAUAUUACACUACCCUUUAAUUUCUCCAUCUUUUCCUUUGCCUCCAUUAUAGUUUUUGUUCUUCAAUUUGUUGAAUUUUUUCUCUUUCUUCUGCUCUCCAGCUUUAUCUGCUGCAAAAAUAACACUUUCGUCAUAUUAACAGUUGUACCUUUCACCAUUUCUCCUACUUUCAUUCCCAAAUUCAAUGUCAAUAUUUUCUUUGUAUGUAAUUUUCUGCAUUUUCCUAAUUGGGUUUCUAUUUGUUCGUAGUUUUAAUUAUUAUAUUGUUUGCCAAUUUAUAAAUAUUACACUACCCCUUAAUUUCUCCAUCUUUUCCUUUGCCUCCAUUGUAGUUUUUGACCUUCAUUUUGUUGCCUAGGGCUCUUUUUCUUAACCUGUCGCUUUUUAUCCCUAUUUCAUUCCAUAACAAAUUCGCAAAUCUUCCUUUAGACAAGCGAAAACGGCGGGUUCGUUAGAAAAAAUAUUCCCAUGAGAUUUUUUGCACAAUCACAUUCGUGAGACAUCCCAGAAUAAGGUUUAAGAAGUCGCCCACGUGAAAAGUAGUCCAAAUUUUUUUUAACAAUUUUUUUUAAUCAAAUUGCAAAAAAUCAGUAUUUUUGGCCCCUACAAAUUUUUUUUAAGUUUUUUGAACCAUUCUGGACAAAAAAGGAUUCUUGUACUUUUUCUCUAAAGUUGAUCGUUUUCGAGAUAUAAACAAUUUAAAAUGAAAAAAAAAAACGAAAAAUGGCGAUUUUCAACGCUUAAUAAAUUGGUUAAAAGUUAUUAUUAUGAAAGACAGAAAGUGACUAAAUCAAAGUUUAGAGCCCCCCCUACAGGAUCCUGAAAAAAAUUGUGUCAUUAUUUUAUUACUAAGUCAUUUUUAAGUAAAAAUAAUGAGCGCCUGCACGUAUUAGGCGGCCGUCUAUGGUGAGUGCGAGAGAGAUGCCAUUCCGGCAGUCCAAUGGGACAUCUUACUCGCACUCACAUUUACAGCCGCGUCAAUACGAUCUUACGGCUUAUUGUUAAUAAUUAAAAAUAACAGCUGAGUAAUAAAUUAAUGAUACAAAUUUCUUCAGGAUCGUGAAGGGGGGCUUUAAACUUUGAUUUAGUCACUUCUGACUUUCAUAAUAAUAAUUUCUAACCGAGUUAUGAAGCCUUAAAAAUGGCCAUUUUCGCGUUUUUCAAAUUUUAAAUUGCUUAUAACUCGAAAAACAUCACCUUUAGAGAAAAAAUACAAGAGACCUUUUUUGUCCAGAAUGGUCUAAAAAACCUAAAAAAUUCUGCACGGAUCAAAAAUAAUAAUUUUUGCAAUUUGCUUAAAAAAAUUAUUAAAAAAAAAUUUGACCACUUUUCGCGUGGGCGAUUUCUUGAACCUUAUUCUGAAGUGUGUUAAAUACAAAUGAGAUUAGGCAAAAAAGUCUCAUGGGAGUAUAUUUUUCAACGAACCCGCCGUUUUCGCCUUGUCUACUUAGAUAAGUUGGUAAAGUUUAUUAUUUGUUAUCUGUACCUACAAAGAUAUUUGUUAGAUUUUUCUUUUGAAAGUUUUGAAGUUACUUUUAACAUUCUGUCUUAAUGUGAACACUAACAUUCUGUCAUCAUGCAUGGUCGAAUUCAACUUUAUUUCUUAAUCUAAUUUGGAUUAGUUUUUCCCAAAGUCGCCUAAAGGAGCUUGUUACAUUCAAUCCCCUAUAGCAAUUUGGGUUUUUCCUAUUGAUCUUUUUAAAUAUGGAGGAUAUUAUGGCUAUUUUCCACUCAUUUGGUGUCUUUUGUUGGAGUAAGCAUGAGUUUGUUAGAUCUUUUAAUCGGGUUGAGUGAGAGUACUGACUCCCCAUACUCUGUCGCAAUAUCAUCAGGUAUUUUGUGAUCUUACAUUUUUCAUACUGUUCAUAACCUAUUCUAGCUCUUUCAUCUUUAUGAGUCCGUCUACCUCGACUUCUUCUUGUUCUUCGGCUGUUCUCUAUUUUUUACAAAAAAAACUGUUAUCUAUUUUUCACCAAAAUUAUACAAAUCUUUAAACUGUUUAAGGUCAAUUAAUGUAACCGAGUGCUCUGUAGACAUUGUUUGAUUUAAAGCGGUAGGCGCAAAAUCUUGGUCAAUGCUAUUUAAAUGCGUUCAUUUUUUUCGAAUCCUGAGAAAAUUAAUAAAUAUUUUUGAACAAUAUAAAAUCAGAAUGAAAGAUUACAUUAUUACCUAAAGCCGAAAGUCCCUUAGAAUAAACAAAAAGUUUCUUUUGAAUGAAAUAUUCGAAAUUAAAAAUCAAACACAAUUUUCUCUUUUUUUUUCACCCAUAUGACUUAUUAAAAUAAACAUUAUAGAAGUUUUCACGGACUUUCGGCCCUCGGUAAUAAAUUAAUCUUUCAUCCUUCGUUUAAAGUUUUCAAAAAUAUUUUUUAUUAGUUUUCUAAGGAUUCGAAAAAAAAAAGAA